GCCCUGGCCCUGGCCCGGCCCUGGGAGGGCCCUGCGGGGGCGCAGCCGGGAGCCGCGAGAGUAAAGGAUCAUCUUGAAAAAAAGCCAUUUGCCUCUGAAGGUGUCUGUACCAUAAAGGAAAAGCCAGUUCCAAAUCCACCAUAUGUAAUGAAACAUUGACAUGUGAUGGUAACAGCAGAUCUUUGGAUACACUUGGGUUGAGUUGUUUCAAGAGCUUAUUUAAUUUCAGGUUGUAAAAUGUACUUGUUUUUUAGUGAGACCAGAUACAUCCUUGGAAAUAAGAUAACUUAGGAUGAGUUUCAACAUUACUUAAGGUACUGACCAAUCUGGAGAUGAGAUUCAUUGCCUCUUAUAUAUUUAACAGUGUUCGUAAUACAUUGUAUACCAUUAUAGCAAAAAGAUUGUGGCUAGGGCUCAGUUAUUUUGAUACAUCGUAUUUCUUGCAUGUAGAUAGGUCUGUGAUGUUAACAACAAUCUGUAGCUGCUUUUUCUUAGAAAGGACAAACUCCGUCCCAUUUUUCACUCUCAUGAUCCAGCCCUUGUCAUGGGGAUAUUUGUCUACAAGAAGGUGUAGCCAUACUUGCAAGUGGCUUUUAAACACAGAUAAACAAUAACCUUCAAGCCCAAGAAUCCAGGAUGCUGAUUACCUGGUUUCGUGAAAUAAGUGAAUGAAUGGUCUUUGGUACUUGUGGUCUGCUGUGAAGUAACCAAGGUGCAGAAGAACCCAGAGGAAGUAAACAGAUUCUCUUACAUAGGGAGGAGGAAUGAAUGGGCGAGUACCUCUAGCUGAGAAAGCUUUAUCUGAGAGCUAUGCCCGGCUUCGUUACAGGGACACUUCCUUGCUUAUCUGGCAGCAACAGCAGCAAAAGUUGGAAGCUGUACCCCCUGGGACUUACUUGAGUAGGAGCCGGAGCAUGUGGUACUCACAGUACGGAAAUGAGGCCAUAUUAGUAAGAGACAAAAACAAACUUGAAGUCUCUCGGGAUACUGGACAGUCGAAAUUUUGCACUAUUAUGUAAUUUUUAUGUGAAUACUUCAUUCUUAAGUCCAAGCAUCAAGAGAGAAUUAGCCGAGAUUGCAUUUAACUGUCAUGUUAUCUAUCUAUUUCUCGUCAUGCCAGAGGUGAAUUUUUUGAACAUUUAGCCCCUCCAGGGUCAACUUUUCUAACAUAAAAUGUUAUCUGGAAGAAGAGAGGAAGCAUGAAAUAGAUUUCUGCAUGCUCAGGACAAUUUAACUCUAAUGGUAAAUAAAACAGUAACUGGUGGCCAUUGGCUACAUUUGGACUAUCCCAUGUAAAUGGAAAUCUAGGAUGUGCUGCUGCUUGACAGGGAUUUGGUCACACCAUAACCUUGCUGUUAUGGCAACUGUACAGUAGCUUGUGUUCUUCUGAAUAGAUCCAUGCAAAAUGCCCAUUUACAACAAAGGAAACAUUGGAAGGGCAUGUUCGUGGGAUUUUGUUGUGUUUUGUUUUUUAAAUGCAAUUUCUACCUAGUAAAUGAGAGUACUGAUAUCAGAAACAACAGAGGACUUCACCUCACAUGCAGUGCUAUCAAUAGCUAGAUAAGAGUGGAAGUUUAUGCUUUGUAGUUGAAUUUCAACAUGUCACCAUAAUUCCAUUAGGAAUUUGGUUACCCUGGGUAUUUCUAACUUGUGAUUGAGAUUGCUUGCGCUAACAAAGUGAUGAUUAUGUGUAUUAUGUUGUGGUAUGUCAUACACUUAGGGCUUGUCCACCAGCACAUUCACAAUAGCAUUAAGGAAACAUCAUUUUCAAACACUAUGACAGACUCUGAAUUUAGAGUUAAACUUUAAUCAUGUGAAUGACUAAACAAAGUAGGUUUACAGCUUCUUUGACAAUGUUUCAGUGUAUCCUCUUGCAUACUAUGUUGCAUUCCACAAUCAUUUACAGUAUUUAAUGUAUUUUUGGUUUUGUGUUUUGCACACAUACUGAUAUGGGUGGUCUAAAUUGGUAGUUUCUGUAAUCAGUCAUUUUAUAUGGAUUUGCUGUCUGCUGUAAUUAAAUUCUACUUGGCUACAUAAAUGUGGAAAUGUGUUCUGUCACAGCUGAUGUUUCUUUUCUAAAUAAAUCUCCCUUUUAGAUGUCUGGCAAAAAACUCAAAGGACCAAUAAUGAUUCUGUUAUGUGAAGUCCAUAGGCCUUGAUUCUAAGGUUGGCUUUGUGAUUGUUACUUUUAUUCCUGAUUUUCCACACACAGGAAUUUUCCUAAGACACAUUUAGGUUAAUUUACAAGAAAAAAAAGUAGGUUCAUCUCAAACGUCCACCAGAUUGACAGAUGCUGCCAUUAAGGCCUGUCCUGAUUUACAAACCCUAUCUUUCUCCAGACUCUGGCAAAGCCAAUUUAUUAUCUUUGUCAUUGGCUUUUCCAUGACUGUGCAGCUCAAUCAUGCUACUUUGUGGUAGUACAGUACUGCUUGCUUAGCUCAUUGAAAUCCAGAUUUGUCUGCAGAACACAGUCAAUAUGUCCCAUAGGACAUUGAUGGGCAGUGACAGUGACUGUUGUUAUUCAGUCAUUUCCUACUC